AUGCUCACUCGACUGGUUCCUCGUCUUGAUGUUAAAAAGACAGCGCUGUUUGUUUGUGACAUGCAAGAGAAGUUCAGUAAGACGAACAAAUUUUUUACGGAAGUCACCCAGACAGCGAAACGCGUCAUCGAUACGGCAAACAUUCUGGACAUUCCAAUUAUCGUUACGGAACACUACCCGAAAGGACUCGGGCCUACAGUUCCGGAACUUGGGCUUGGUGAAAAAGUGACUCGACACCCGAAAACCCAAUUCUCAAUGUGUAUACCAGAGGUUGUACAAAGCUUGGAAGGCAAGGAAAGUGUGAUACUUGUCGGACUGGAGGCUCAUGUAUGUAUUCUUCACACCACUUAUGCUCUCAUAGAAAGAGGAAUUGAUGUGAAUGUCGUGGUGGAUGCUGUUACGGCCAGAACACUUGUGGACAGAAAAUAUGGUUUCAAACAACUUGAACAAGUCGGUGCCGUCUUAACCACGUCGGAAUGUGUCAUAUUACGCUUGGUCAAGGAUGCAGCUCAUCCAAAUUUCAAGGAAAUUCAGAAGAUCAUAACGCCUGGGAUUCCUGAUUCGUCUUUAAUGGACAUAGUGAUGGCCUCACGUGUGAUCAGUCGUCUCACUCCUAAGAAUUCUGCAUUAUUCGUAUGCGAUCUUCAAGAGCGCUUCAGGAACGUCAUACAAUUCUUCCCGGGCAUCACGCAAACUGCCAAGAGAAUGGUAGAUGCAGCCAAGAUCCUGCAGAUGCCCAUUAUUGUCACUGAGCAGUAUCCAAAAGGGCUUGGUCAUACAAUUCCGGACUUAGGUCUUCAGGACAUCGAAAAGUUUGAGAAAACCAAGUUUUCCAUGUGCCUUCCGGAGCUUGAUGGGGCCUUGAAGAACUCAGAGAAUAUAAUUUUGGUUGGAAUCGAAGCUCAUGUCUGUGUGCUUCAAACAACGCUUGAUCUUCUCGAGAGAGGAAAAAACGUGCAUGUGGUGGUCGACGCUGUCAGCUCCAGAUCACUUCCUGACAGGAAAUAUGCCUUCAAACAAAUGGAUCGAGCUGGAGCUGUGCUGACCACAUCGGAAUGCGUACUGCUUGGAUUACUUCGGGACGCUUCUCAUCCAAAAUUCAAAGAAAUACAAAAAUUGAUCUUAGAUCCUGCUCCCGACGUUGGACUAAUCUCGAAAAUGUAA